UUCCCUCCCUCUUUUAUGUUUACACAUUCUGUCUGAAUUUUUCUAGUCUUCCCCUGUAAAGUCACACCCAGUGCCCCGUAGUUUUUAAUAAAAGCAGCAAACCAAAUCUGUAGAGAGGGAGACAGACAGCAGAAGACAAGAACAGUUUUCAGCUUCUUUCAAAAAAAAAUCAAGUAAGAAAAUGCCUAAUUGGGGUGGUGGAAAGAAAUGCUCAGUUUGCCAGAAGACUGUCUACUUUGCAGAGGAGGUGCAAUGCGAGGGUGGCAGCUUCCACAAGUCCUGCUUCUUGUGCAUGGUUUGUAAGAAGAAUCUGGAUAGCACAACAGUGGCUAUACAUGGAUCGGAGAUUUAUUGCAAAUCCUGUUAUGGCAAGAAAUAUGGACCAAAGGGCUAUGGCUUUGGACAGGGAGCAGGCACUCUGAGCAUGGACAAGGGAGAAGGCCUGGGCAUCCAGCAUGAAGAGCAAAGGGGCCACCAGCCGACAAAUAACCCCAAUGCCUCAAAGUUUGCACAGAAAGUAGGAGGAGCAGAUGUGUGCCCUCGCUGCUCAAAGUCUGUGUAUGCCGCAGAGAAAGUGGUUGGAGCUGGCAAUUCCUGGCAUAAAUCCUGCUUUCGCUGUGCCAAGUGUGGGAAAGGGUUGGAGUCUACAACUCUGGCAGACAAAGAUGGAGAGAUAUUCUGCAAAGGAUGCUACGCAAAGAACUUUGGACCUAAAGGAUUUGGGUUUGGUCAGGGUGCUGGGGCUCUGGCCCAUACAUAAUGACAUUUCUGAAGGCCUCUAACUCUGCAGCCUCACAGACAGAUGUGCCACACAUCCAGGAGGCAUUUGUACUUCCUCCACAGAAGAAUUGAUACCUGGCAUCAGGGUCUGCUGCUUUUCCUAUACCACUGCCAAAAAUAUAUUGCAGCCUUAAAAGGAAAUUAUGCACAGGAAUAGGCUGGGCUUAAAUACUUUUAAAUAUUUCUGUUGCCCUUUGCGAUUUAAUUUUUUUUUGUUGUACACAUUGGCUGGCUUCUUGUAUAUUUAUUAGAAAAAUAUAUAUAGGCUACAGGACAUCACACUCUUGUAUUUCUCAGACUGCGGAAAUACCAAUGUCAUUUUUUAUGCAAUGUUAUAAAAAAUAAAAGACAGCAAAACAGGUUAAAAUAGGUAGCACAAGUUGCUGUUUUGGGUAAGCUACCAGCCUUUUUAAUGUUCCUUGUUACAACAUAAAACUAAAACUGUGUUCAUUAAAAAAAGCUGGUGCCAGAAGACACUACACAUUAUUGUAAAGUUAGUUAUGCCUCUGUUUGCAUGUCACAUCCAUAUGAAUUUAUAUGAACAAGUAUUAUAGUGUUUUAUUUGCAUGUUAAAACUAGUUAUUAAACACACACAGGCUUGCUUCUAUACCAAGUUGCCUAAAUUAUGACAAUGGGGGGAAAAUGUGUAGUCCUAUAGCCAACUCAGUCCUAGAAGUCUCCUUUCCACUUCUGUAAGGAAACACAUAUGACAGACUUGUCCAACUUUUUAAUAUGGUGGUCUCAUAUCAUUCAGAAUCACAUCUACCCAUGUACAGGUUCCUUUAUUGAAGACAACAGCACGGUUUAAAGAUAUAGCCAAAAUGAAAGACAUCUGGCAAACCAAAUUCCCACAAGAAGAUUUAAGGAAGCUUUGGAUGUGCAUAAAGCUAUUCUAGUAACAUGUAAAAUAAUUCAGAGGUCAGAUUAGAUGGACUAACCGGUGCUUUUCUUAGUAGUAUCCAUUCAAGUGAAGCUAUAGCUUUUACAUUUACAAAACCCAGCUGAUAUUCUACCACUGAUGGCAAUUGGUAUUUAACCCAAGCCAAGAUAGUGUCCUGUUUUUUUUCUGUUUUUAUUUUUAAUGUAACUUAACAUCUAAAUAUAUUCAGAGAUAAGAGAAAACAAACUUGUUCCCAUAAUAUCGAACUUGAAAGUUCACAUAAUAAAGAAACCUGUACGUCCAUAUUUGUCACUCAUACUGUGCGUUUUGAACACUAAUUCAACAUUCCAUGAGGGAUGGUCUUUCUUUCCUGUAUAGUUUUGUGCAAUUCUUCAGCUUGAGGCUUGUUAUGCUACAUUUCCAUCCAGAAUAAAAUAAAGCUAUGUUAAAUGCA